AUGAAACUUGAUAUCUGGAGACUCUAAAACCCCAUGGUACAAAUCAACGGCUUAGUAUCUCUACCUAUGAACCAGAAAAAUCCUCAAAAUAUAUCAAUCGAUGAGAAUUCCCUAAAGUAGUAAAAGAGAAAAGUGAUUGGUGGGCUUUUGACUUAGGAAUUGCAAGGAGUAUUUCAUCAUACUAAUACUAUUGAGGAAUUCUAAGCUGGUUCUAAGUUUGAGUCUAUAUUCUUAGAGUCAACAAAGGGAAUCUUAGAUGAAAAUGACUUCCAAAAUUUAAACUCAAUCAUUAUAUACUCUUUUGGUGAUCUCAAAAACUACAACUACUUUUACAAAUUCGCACUACCAGAGCUUGAAGGAACAAAUUUCCCAAUGAUAAAAUCAAAUAAACUUAAAACCAUUAUGAACUAGGAUUAGAUGACAAAUUUAAGUCAGAAAUUACUAGAGUACAUAAAGGGAGUAGAGCAAACAUAGAUAGUUAUUACAGUCAGUUAAAACGAAGAUAAUGCUUUCUCUGUUAGUGAUGAUAUAAAAGCAUCACUUCAACCAAAUGGAUAUCUCUGCUUCUUUGAUGCAUCUCCACUAUUGCCCUCAAUUUUGCUAAAGAAUAUUCUAACGAAACUCAAUCAUUAUUUCCAGAAAAAUUCAUCAGAUUUAUCCCCAGGCUAAGAGAAAAUUAUAAGGAUAAUUUCAAUAAGAGAUAAGAUUUCCAAACUUUCUGAGCAAGUCAAUCUAAAUGAAUCGUUUUACAUUGAAGUUAAAUUUGUAAAGUCUGAAGAUCAAAUUACUGAUCUUAAAGUCAAACCAAUAGAUUUUAGCCAGUUAAGAACAGUCACUCUCACUCUCAAAGAAUAAAUGGAUCCUAACAUGAUAUCAGAGUAAGCUUGCGAUUUGAAUUUGAAACUGAUGAAAUGGAGAAUGAUUCCUGGUAUUGACCUAGACAUAUUGAAAGAAUAGAAGUGCUUAUUGUUGGGAUCUGGCUCACUUGGUUGUCAAGUGGCAAGAAAUCUUCUCUCAUGGGGUUAUAGGAAUAUCACAUUUGUAGAUUACGGGAAGGUAUCUUAUUCUAAUCCUGUAAGACAAUGUCUGUUUACUUUUGAGGAUUCUCAUAAGCCAGACAAUGAAAAGGCGUCGAUUGCUGCAAUGAGACUAUAAGAAAUAUUCCCAAGUGUAAACACCUCAGGUCAUAAAUUGAGAAUACCAAUGCCUGGCCAUGCAGUUGGAAACAACAAGGAAGCUUUAGAUGAACUAUACAGUGAUCUCAAUCAACUAGAGACCUUAAUCUAAGAACAUGAUGUUGUCUUUCUAUUAACUGACUCUAGAGAGAGCAGAUGGCUUCCCACUGUAAUAGCUGCUGCUCAUAAGAAGAUUUGUCUUACAAUAGCUCUUGGCUUUGAAACAUUCUUGGUAAUGAGACAUGGUCUCUCUACUUAGCAUCACGAUAAUACAGUGAAUGGUGACAGGCUUGGCUGCUAUUUCUGUAAUGAUAUAGUCGCUCCCAGAAACUCAGUUGCUGAUCGUACUCUUGAUUAACAGUGCACAGUCUCAAGACCAGCUUUAUGCUGCAUGUCAAGUGCUCUAGGUGUUGAGCUAUUGACUUCUAUUCUAAAUCAUCCUCUUAAGCAAGGGGCUGUUGCUAGAGAAAAUCCUCAUUAAUGCGAUAGAACAGAGCUUGGCAUACUCCCUCAAUAAAUCAGAGGUGAUUUAUCUUCUUUCAAUAUAAAUGUAAUGUAUGGAGAGGCUUUUGACAAAUGUAUUGGUUGUUCACACAAGAUCAUCGAAGCCUACCAGAAUGACAGAGAUGCCUUCAUUCUUAGAGCUUGCAAUGAGCCUGAUUAUCUUGAGGAACUUACUGGAAUUACUGCAAUGCUUGCUCAAGUAAGAAUGGAUGAUAUUGAAUGCUUUGAUUUUGAUGAAGAAAUGGAUUGA